UAUAAAACGAGAGGGACAGUGAAAUGCUCCAUCAGAAAAAAUUCAUCCCGCUCUUCCGUUUCUACAGUGAAAGUGAUUUAAUUCACAUUUUGCAUCAUGAAGAUCUCAUUAUUUCUUGUUCUAACAAGCGUCACACUUGUUCUUAGUGCCUCAAGGUCUAAACGAGCAGCUUAUGAUCUUCCUGAUGGAGCUGAAUUGCUUGUUGGAGCCGUAAGAACCACAUUCGUUUGUAGCACAGACGGCUACUACGCCGAUCAGGACAACAACUGCCAAAUCUUCCACGUGUGCCACACCGUCGUCAACAACGACGGAACGUCUGAGAUGCUCCAGUGGUCGUUCCUGUGCGGCAAUCAGACCGUCUUCAACCAGUUCUCCUUCACCUGCACCUACCCUGAAGACGCCGUUCCUUGUGGAAGCGCGAGGGAUUUCUAUUACCUGAAUGCCAACCUGGGAGCUGGUCCCAACGUUCCUUUCCACAACGAGCAAGAUGUGGCCAGGGCGGAGGCUGUUACACCAGGACGAGGACAGGGAAGCUACAGACAGCCUGUCCUACAACCCCAACCUCAACCACGACCACAAGGCACAGGCUCUAGAACGGGAACUGGUUUUGGAAGAGGAGGCUAGACAAGGACUUUUUCAAAUAUUUUAGAAGAAAUAUCGGCUUUCUGCCAUUGUAGUAUCACUUGGAACGCACAUGCCAGUCGACGCUUCUUUUACAAGUUCCUUACUUUUUCCGUCUCAGAAAAUUGUCAUUAUAUAGAGACGAUACAUUUGUUAUUGGAUACUUUCAUAUCCGUUCAUAGUUUUUUUUUUUAAAUGAAUAUUUUCGUUCUUUGCAAAUACUGUUAGCGUAAGAAAAAAUCACCUUAUUGUUAUUCAACAUAAGUUUUUUGAAGCAUUUAAAUAUUCAAAAUGCGACGGAAGACUUAUACAAAAAUUUGAUAUCUUCUUUUCCUUAAACUACUGUCAUUCAGUUAGAAUUAUCAUCAUAUCUAUUGAUUAAGUAUUAAAGGAUGUUUGAUUGAAAAUCAGUUCUUGAUAAAAAUGCACGCUUGUUGCAUUUUUAAUUUCAUACAAAAAAUCAGAAAAUGUAUGCAUAUUUCAUAAGCAGUUUAUUUGGAAGAGCCAUUUCCCCGCUAGACCAAGGCUUCUCUACAACUUGUCACUUGGGAAAACGUUCGUGCGAAUGCAAGAGUUUGCGAAAUUCAUUUUUUUUAGGGUGGCGGUGAUGGUUCAAGUAUGUUUAGCUUACAUGGUGUGAAGAAAUGUUUUUUAAAUAACACCACUGCCGAAAAAAAUUGUAAUUUUGUACAUAACAUUAUCGCGAGCAUUUUUUGUAUUUGUAAAGCUAUUAUUUUGAAAAAAUAAAUUGCAGGCAUUGCAGA